UCUUGCGACAUUUCUGAAAACUGCAUCAGGGGUCAUGCGAGGUAGCGAUGCACGCUGUUGGAUCUUUCCAGUUGUUCAAAACCGCAGUUUAAUCAAGGUUUGAGUAGGAGAUGUGCCAGCAUGUCUGAGAGUGACGAGGAAGUGCCUCAGCUGCCAGCAGACACUCUCGCAGCACUGCAGGAGUUCUACACCAACCAGGCUGCCCGAGAGAGGGAGCUGCAGGAGGCCAUGCAGCGGCAGGAUGUCGGGAAGGUGGAACUGGAGGAAGACUGGAACCUGAGCCAGUUCUGGUACUCGGAUCACACAGCUGAUGCUCUGACCAGAGAGGUGCUAGAUGUAACUGGUCCAAGUGGCAGCGUUGCCUGUUUGAGCUGCCCCACGCUGUACAAGCGACUCCGGGAGGUGAAACCCGACACCAGCAGGGCAGUUCUGCUGGAGUACGACCAGCGCUUCAACAUCUACGGGGAAGACUUCGUGUUCUACGACUUCAACACUCCGCUCAAGUUCUCCCAGCCUCUGCAGGAAAACUCCUUUGACAUUGUUGUCGCAGACCCGCCGUACUUGUCGGACGAUUGUCUGACUAAAACUGCAAUAACAGUCAAGUUCCUGACAAAGGGGAAGAUCAUGCUGUGUACAGGUGAGAAGAUGGAAGACCUGGCCUCAAGGCUUCUGGGAGUCGAACCCUGCACUUUUGUACCACAACACACAAGGAACCUAGGCAACGAGUUCAGAUGUUAUGUCAACUACAAAACUGGACUGAGCUAGCAGUAUGUCUGUAGAUAGGAAGUAAUAAUGAUCAGGAUUCUAUUACCGUUGAGUCUAGGCUACAAGAAUUCAAUUCUUUGGUGUGUUUUAGUCUCUCCCCCUUUUUUAUUUGUAAUUUAAACAAGUUAAGAUACAUUAUUUUUGUUAACCUACAAAGAAGGGAAACAUACGUUUUAGGUCAGUCUUUUAUAUCUUCUUCAAAUGAUGAAAAACAUCAAUAUUUUGAUUUAUAUAGCUUGGAAAACUUGAAAGCCAUCAGGCUUCUGUUGACAUUCUUCUAUGGAAUGAUAAAUCUUAUAAUGAAAGUCAGAUGACAGGUACUGUGUGAUCAAAUUAUCUGACUGGCAUCAUUUACUGCAGAAUAAAACCUGCAACAUCUUUGACAAAAUUCAUCAAAAGGGCCACCACCAGACUUUGUCCCCAAAGUGACGGAGCUCCAGACCCCAUAACUGGAGGACACUGGCUGGGUGGCACUGACUCUGAAAAACACCAUAAACAUGCCAUGAAUUAAGAGCUGCAGGAUGAUAAACAGAAUGGGCUCACAGAAUGCAGACAGUGGAGAAAGAUGAAGAAAGACUCAAUGCAGCUGCAGGACUUUUCAAAGACUGCAGAUGCAGAAAACAGAGAAUGAUGAUGAAGCAUUAGGUCAUGGGUUCUAAUCCCAGCCAGGUCAUUCUAAUUCUUUAAAAGUUUUGGAACAAACUGCAUCUCUGCUUAGCACUCAGCAGUUAUGAGAAAGGGUAUGGGAGUUGAACACACACCACUGCCAGUGGACUUGUCCCCUGCCGUAGUAAUGGCCCCGUGUGAAGAAGACUAACCUUCAACACUAGCUUUGACAUGUAUACGGACAAAUAACAUUGAAAUCCA